GGAGCUAUCAAUGACUAAACUAUAAAGAGAGGGCUUGAAGUGAAGGACGCGAGGUUACAUGGGGGUAUAAGAUGGAGACAGGAAGGUGUACACAUGCUGAAGAACUUUUGCUUGAACUCAUUGGUGCCGGACCAGAUAGUCUAUGUGCGUGGCCCAGGUGGUUCAUACCAGAGAGGGGAUCUUAACCGGGGACUUGGCACACGCGGCCUCAGGUCAAGACUGUGCUGAGCGUCGGCGCUUGGCCGUGGCAAUGUCUCUGGCUGAAGGAAGAGGCUUGCGCUUCUUUGUCUUUGGGGUGAUCUUCUCGACAGGCGAGGUGACAACCAGCUCUUCGUCCGAGCUCUCUUUUGAUUCUUCUUCUUCUUCCUCUUCUUCUGCGUCUUCUUCUUGUGAAUUGUUUCCCCGGACCAACGGUUCUGGCUGUGUUUCCCGAAGAUCAUGCCCACCAGUAGCCAAACGAGUGUCUGUAUCCAACACCUCGUCCCAGGUUCGAGUCCCUGAGACGACAGCCGCGACGUUGAUGCGAGCCCGUCCAAGCUCAAUGCGAUCCCUAAAGUCGGGCAUGUCGUCCACAUGCGCAGCCGCGCGGCGCCAGUCUCCGUCACAGGCCCGCAGCAGCACGGCCCAGAGGCGCUCAAAGUGUGCCCAGCCCAGACCGGUCCUCUUGGCCAUAUGCCCGCUGGCCUGUCUCUCCAGGGCGUUGGCAAUGUUGCAGUGCAUCAUGGUCGCCUUGCCAGCCACACAGCCGCUGCACCGGGCGCCCUUGUAGAAGGUGCGGCUCUUCUGCACGCGGCACCAGUCCGAGGGGAUCGGAGGUUUCGAGGGCCCCUUGUGCUUCU